GAAGGAGAGACGUACGCUCUUCUUCUUCCAGUAGCAGACAGCACGUUGAACGCAUGCGUUCUAAGCGAAUCUAAGAAAAGGCUUUGCUGUGGGGUCGCGUCGAAGACAUGGAGCAAGGCUACGGAGGCUAUGGGGCAUGGAGUGCUGGACCUGCCAACGCCCAGGGUACAUAUGGAAGUGGUAUGACCAGCUGGCAAGGUUAUGAAAACUACAACUACUACAACGCCCAGAACACCAGUGUCCCUGCAGGAACACCCUAUAGUUAUGGCCCAACCUCAUGGGAGGCCACCAAGACCAGUGAUGGUGGCCUGGCAGCUGGGAGCUCUGCCAUGCAUGUGGCCUCUUUUGCCCCAGAGCCAUGUACCGACAACUCUGACUCGCUCAUUGCCAAGAUCAAUCAACGUUUGGACAUGUUGUCCAAGGAAGGAGGCAGGGGUGGGAUCAGCAGCAGUGGGGAGGGCAUGCAGGACCGAGACAGCUCCUUCCGCUUCCAGCCAUACGAGUCCUACGACUCCAGGCCCUGUGUACCUGAGCAUAAUCCCUACCGCCCUGGCUACAGUUACGAUUAUGACUUUGACUUGGGGGCUGACCGCAAUGGUAGCUUUGGUGGGACAUUCAAUGACUGUCGGGACCCAGCCCCAGAGCGGGGCUCCCUUGAUGGUUUCUUCAGGGGCCGGGGCCAGGGCCGCUUCCAGGACCGGAGCAACUCCAGCACCUUCAUACGUAGUGACCCCUUUAUGCCACCCGCAGCCUCGGAGCCCUUAUCCACUCCCUGGAAUGAGCUGAACUACAUGGGUGGACGUGGUCUAGGUGGGCCCUCCACCAACAGGCCACCUCCUUCCCUCUUCUCCCAGUCCAUGGCCCCCGACUACAGCAUGAUGGGCAUGCAGGGGGUGGGCGGUUUUGGUGGCACCAUGCCUUAUGGAUGUGGCCGGUCCCAGACUCGGAUACGGGAUUGGCCCAGAAGGAGAGGGUUUGAACGCUUUGGACCAGACAACAUGGGCAGGAAGCGGAAGCAGUUCCCAUUGUAUGAAGAACCUGAUGCCAAGCUGGCCCGUGCUGACAGUGAAGGAGAUCUGUCUGAAAACGAUGAUGGAGGUGGUGACUUACGGUCAGGGGAUGAAGAAUUCAGGGGGGAGGAUGAAUUCUGUGACCCCAGGAAGCAGAGAGGAGAAAAGGAGGACGAGGAUGAGGAUGUGAAGAAGAGACGGGAGAAACAGAGGAGGAGAGACAGGAUGCGGGACCGCGCUGCUGACAGGAUUCAGUUUGCCUGUUCUGUAUGCAAGUUUCGUAGCUUUGAAGACGAAGAAAUUCAAAAGCAUCUGCAAAGUAAAUUUCACAAAGAGACUUUGCGAUUUAUAAGUACCAAACUGCCCGACAAGACAGUAGAAUUUCUCCAGGAGUACAUCAUAAACAGGAAUAAGAAAAUUGAGAAACGGCGUCAGGAGUUGUUAGAGAAGGAGAGCCCUAAACCCAAACCAGAUCCAUUCAAAGGGAUUGGCCAGGAGCAUUUCUUCAAAAAGAUAGAAGCCGCGCAUUGCCUGGCCUGUGACAUGCUCAUUCCCGCACAGCACCAGCUCCUCCAGCGGCAUCUGCAUUCCGUGGACCACAACCAUAAUCGAAGGUUGGCUGCUGAGCAGUUCAAGAAAACAAGUCUCCAUGUGGCUAAGAGUGUUUUGAACAACAAACAUAUAGUGAAGAUGCUGGAAAAAUAUCUCAAGGGCGAGGAUCCUUUUGUCAAUGAAACUACUGAUCUUGAGACAGAAGGAGAUGAAAAUGUAGGAGAGGAGAAGGAGGAGACACCAGAGGAGGUAGCUGCAGAAGUCUUAGCAGAGGUGAUCACAGCAGCAGUGAGGGCUGUAGAAGGGGAAGGAGAACCGGCUGCAGAGCGUAAUGAAGUCCUAGUGGAAGUGGAAGGGCGUGUGGACACAGCAGAAGCCGGCAGUGACCCCCACACUGAAAAGCUACCAGAAGAGCAGACAUGUGAAACAGCAUCUGAGACCAGGAACAUCGAAGACAAGGCCAGAGGCGAAGCAGCCGUGCCAGCAGCAGGUGCAGGAAGCACGUCACCUGUCAUAGCUAUCCCAGGAAUCAUGGAAGAUGAGCUGGAACAAACUGAUGCAGAGUCCAAAGAUACUCCCACAGAAUGAUCUUUUGUUCCCUGUUUCAAGGGAUGUGUUCUAUCAUGUGUUCUUUUUGUUUAUAAGUUGUACUAGGUGUGUGUUGUUUGGUGGAAAGACUGGGCCAUUUCCUUCCCAAUGCACCUCAAGGACCGAUGCUGUACAGUAGAUGGCUUCCCAUCUCUGUUAGAACACAAAAAGAGGUAAACCAUUUUCCCAAGUGGCCUUUGAUGGCUAUCUGUGCACUGCAGUUAGAAUAAUAAAAGUAGAUCUUCCUGAUAAUUGUUAAGUCCUAAAACGGACAGAAUGUGAGGUUUUGUAUUGUGUUGUGUUUUUGUUUGGUUGGUCUUUAUUUCAUUUUAUUUUGCUUUUUCUCUCAAGCAAUCCGAUACGAAUAUAACUUGUUUGAGAAAAAAGAAUUUUUUAAUUAUUUAGGGGAAUUCCCUCAUUCGCCUAUGCAUGGUUGAUGUGGGACACACACAGUUCAACCAUCCAUGUGUGUGAGAGCUGAAAUUGUGCCCCCUAGCAAUAAACAGUCCUGCCUGUUGCAAUCAAUAUCAGACCAUUUUUUUAAGGCCUUUAUUUCAGCUUUGGCAUUGAAAUAGCAUCUUGCUUGGACCAAGCUCACCUUCAAAAUCAAUCUAAUCCUCCUGUCUCAGCCCCUGGAGUACUGGGACCAUGUGUGUACAGCCAUGCUCAGCUGGGCUUUGGUUUUAUAAUACACUGUAUUCUAUGUUCCGCACCAGAUGUGACAGCAUCCUGUUAAUUGUAGACACAUGGCAUGACAAAGGGCCUGUGUAUGAGAGAGUCCAAGCUAUUCCCUGGGAAGCAGACCUACCUGAGCCUCUAGAGUGAAGACACUGCAAAGGGCAUUGGGCCUCACUGUUCAGUGCUUGCUAAUCAGUUUGAUGUUUGUGUUCCGCCUCUAUUAGUGCAGGAUUAUGGGGUUUUUGUUUUGUUUUCUCUUAAUUUUGUUAUUUCCACCUAAAAGUACUUAGGGCAAAAAAAAACAUGAAAUUAUUCCGUUGAUGAAAAACAAAUGUAAACUUCCGUAGAUGGGAUCUAUCUGUAAAAGCUCACACAGUAAAGAUGUUUCAUUUUAAGCAAAUAGUUUUCCUUUUGCAGUCUGCAUCUGGGAAAGGGAGGCUGGGCAUGUCCUUAAAGUAGCAAGGACUAGGUUUUAUAGGCUCAGAAUGGUGGGGUUUUCCCUACCUUUUGAAGUUACAAUGCUGUCCAUCAUUAACUGUACACAGCUCACAUCUUGGAAACAUCAACCAAUGAGGAAUUAUAAAAGGCAAUAAAAUAUUGCAGCAGUUUCAUCAGGACUUCUGUCAAGGAGCAUUACUAGGGAGUUUGAGAUAAACUUUGGGAAUAUCAAUGUCAAAACAAGCAAUAAAUUGAUGUUGUGGAGA